CGGUCAGAGCCGAUGAGGUGGAUGUAGAUGCGACCGUGGAAGAUGACUUGGGUAAAAGCAGAGAAGGGUCUCGAACGGAUGAUGAAGUUGUUCAGAGAGAGGAGGAAGCUAUCCAACUAGAUGGCCUAAAUGCAUCUCAGAUCAAAGAAAUCAGAGAGAAAUCUGAGAAGUUUGCAUUUCAAGCAGAAGUGAACAGAAUGAUGAAGCUAAUUAUCAAUUCUUUAUAUAAAAAUAAAGAGAUUUUCCUGAGAGAACUCAUUUCAAAUGCUUCAGAUGCUUUAGAUAAGAUACGGUUAAUAUCCUUAACCGACGAAAAUGCUCUUGCUGGGAAUGAGGAACUCACAGUCAAAAUCAAGUGUGACAAAGAGAAGAACAUGCUUCAUGUUACAGACACAGGCAUUGGCAUGACAAAGGAGGAGCUGGUUAAGAACCUGGGUACCAUUGCAAAGUCUGGUACCAGUGAGUUCCUCAACAAAAUGACUGAAAUGCAGGAUGAUAGCCAGUCAACCUCAGAGUUAAUCGGACAGUUUGGUGUUGGUUUUUACUCUGCUUUCUUAGUGGCAGACAGAGUCAUUGUCACAUCCAAACACAACAAUGAUACCCAACACAUUUGGGAGUCAGAUUCAAAUGAGUUUUCUGUGAUCGAUGACCCAAGAGGGAACACUCUAGGACGUGGCACAACCAUUACUCUUGUCUUGAAGGAGGAAGCAUCUGAUUACCUUGAGCUGGAUACUGUCAAAAAUCUAGUAAAGAAAUACUCACAGUUCAUCAACUUCCCCAUAUACGUGUGGAGCAGCAAGACAGAGACUGUUGAGGAACCCAUUGAAGAGGAGGAAGCAAAGGAGAAAGAAGAAACUGAUGAUGAUGAAGCCGCAGUUGAAGAAGAAGAGGAAGAAAAGAAACCAAAAACCAAGAAGGUUGAAAAGACUGUCUGGGACUGGGAGCUCAUGAAUGACAUAAAACCAAUCUGGCAGAGACCAUCUAAAGAAGUUGAAGAAGAUGAAUACAAAGCUUUUUACAAAACCUUUUCCAAGGAACAUGAUGACCCAAUGGCUUACAUCCACUUCACUGCAGAAGGGGAAGUAACUUUCAAAUCCAUCUUGUUUGUUCCUAAUUCUGCUCCACGUGGACUGUUUGAUGAAUAUGGAUCCAAAAAAAGUGAUUUCAUCAAGCUCUAUGUUCGAAGAGUGUUCAUCACUGAUGACUUCCAUGACAUGAUGCCCAAAUAUCUUAACUUUGUCAAGGGUGUUGUGGAUUCUGAUGAUCUUCCUUUAAAUGUAUCUCGUGAAACACUUCAGCAGCACAAAUUGCUUAAGGUGAUCAGGAAGAAACUGGUUCGCAAAACUCUCGAUAUGAUCAAGAAAAUCGCAGAGGAAAAGUACAAUGACACGUUCUGGAAGGAGUUUGGUACCAAUGUGAAGCUUGGUGUUAUUGAGGAUCACUCCAACCGCACACGACUGGCAAAGCUGCUUCGCUUCCAGUCUUCUCAUCAUGAAAGUAACCUCACAAGCCUUGAUCAGUAUGUGGAAAGAAUGAAAGAGAAGCAGGACAAAAUUUAUUUCAUGGCAGGUGCCAGCAGAAAGGAGGCUGAGUCCUCCCCGUUUGUGGAACGUCUGCUGAAAAAGGGCUAUGAAGUGAUCUACCUGACUGAACCUGUAGAUGAAUACUGUAUUCAGGCUUUGCCAGAGUUUGAUGGCAAGAGAUUUCAGAACGUAGCAAAAGAAGGAGUUAAAUUUGAAGAAAGUGAAAAGUCUAAGGAGAGUCGGGAAGCCUUGGAAAAGGAAUUUGAACCACUCUUAAACUGGAUGAAAGACAAAGCUCUAAAAGACAAGGUAAAAUGUUGCAUUGCAUGUCAUAUUGAAAAGGCUGUGCUGUCUCAACGUUUGACCCAGUCUCCAUGUGCUCUUGUGGCUAGUCAGUAUGGAUGGUCUGGUAACAUGGAAAGGAUCAUGAAGGCUCAAGCUUACCAAACUGGGAAGGAUAUAUCCACAAA